AUGCGUGGUGGGAGUCUGCGCGUUGCCGUUCAAGAGAGAGAAGCAGCAGCCUCAGCAGCAGCAGCAGCCUCAGCAUCCGCCAAUACUGAGGGGCCCUUGCUGCAGUGGUUCCCCGGAUUUGAUCUGCCCAUUGGACUCAAAGGUCGUGCCAUUUUGAGGCGCGUUCUUAACCAGCGGCGUUCGCUCGACACUGCGCGAUGUAAGCAGAUUCUGUCGGAGCACGGGAUUGUCUUAGGACGUGGGGUUCCUGGCCAUACGACGAACUGGGGGGGGUUGACGGUGAAGGAGCUGCUUCACGCAGCGCAUCUCCUCGGGUGCUGGCGUCAAGUGGAGGAGCUGUGUCUCUCUUUCUGUUGCAGCAACGGCUUGAAAAUCGAGUGGGUGAGGGAGCUAAGGGCGAGAGGUCCCCAUCAGGUGACCUUAGCCAACCUUCUGCAGAUGAAAAGAAACGCUGCCGCGGAAGCUCGCAGGAAGCGGCAGCAGCAGCCUUCCGCGCCAGCAGCGGCGGCGGCUGCGUCAGCAGAAGGCGCAGCAGCGCUGGCAGCUUCUCCCGCGGAGGCUGUGGGAGGUUCGGGGGCUUUAUCCGAAGACAACACCUCUUCUGUGACAGGUGCCGCUGCCCACAAAGGGAGUGGUGGUGGCUCUGCAGCAGGAACUGCACUCGCGACAGCAGAUGCCUGCUUCUCCACAUCCGUCUCGACUCUCUCCUCGCCUCCCCCGGAUGCGCGCUCUGCCUUCGGAGCCUCUCCUCCUGGCCCUUCGCAGAGCCAGCGACCCCCUUCUCAGCUCCAACUAGAGCAACAGAGACUCCUCCCACCUAAGACAGGGCCGGAGCAGACGGAUCUGUUGGACUGCGCGUUCCGAGCGGCAGACUCCUGCGGAGCGCUUUCCUACGACGCCGCUCUGGAGCCUCUGCAGCCUCCAUCCCCUCCCCCCUCGUGUUCUCCCGCAGAAGCCAGGAGCCGAGCAGCCAGCAACAAGCGCGGCAGCACCGGCAGACGGCAGCAGCAGCAGCUGCAUCGCCAGCAGCCGCAGAGGCUGCACCCCCCCCUAUCGAGCCAUGCGCCACUCCCAGAGCUGCAGUGGUGCAUAGGGCACAGCCCAGCCGAUCCUAGCAGCAAGCACUUGACAACAACUGGACGUACACCCAGAGCAGCAACGGCUGCGGAAGCCGUGGCUGCUGCUGCAGCGCAGCAGCUGCAGCUCGAAGACUGCUGCCUCGGUUUGCCGUAUGCGUAUCAUCAGGAGGGUUCCAGCAGCAGCGAGCAUCAAGCAGGAGGAACGCCUGAUAGCACUUGCGAUGUGAGUGCUUCCUCUUGGGGGGGGGGGGUAUACUGGCCUCCUCCGUGUGGUCGUUCCCCCAACGGCAGCAGCACGAGCGCCUUCUUGGGAAGACAUGCAGGAGCCACUUCUCCAGCGCCCUCUGCGAGGCGAGCAGCAGCAGCUCGACAUGCCCCUGCUGGCUUCCGCAAAAGACUGCGGAGCAGGUCAGGAGCAGUUUCGGCUGCUGCAGCCGCCGAGCAGCAAGAGCAGCAAGCCCUCCCCCUGGAGAUCCCUUCUCUGCAGCAGCUCCUGGCGAGCAGCAGCAGCGACAGUUGCAGUUGCUGCAGUGCCAGCAGUGGAGAGGAGGAGACGCCGCAGUAUCCGUCGCAUGCGGUGCCUUCCGAAGGCGCCGUCCUCAACUUCGCUGGAGGCCUCCCUUACGACGGCUGGUGGAGUGGCAUGGUAACGCCGCUGCUGCUCUCUCCAGGCAACACGCCCCUUAGAAACAUCGCGUGGGGGCACCCAGACGCAGCCGAGACUUUGUGUGGACAAGAAGCAGAUGCUGCUGCUGCUGCUGCUGCUGCUGGAGUAGCGGUCUCCUCAGCGGAUGCUGCGUCAGACGUUCGGACGGCGUGCUGCUACGCUCCCGAGGUGUCGAAUAUCCAAGGUUCAGCUGCGUCAUGCCUGCAGCAGCAGAACCAGCUCCUGCAGCAGCAGCAGCUGCUGCCGCAGCGGCAACUCUUGCAGCCACGACAAAAACGCAGGCUCAAAGGCAGUGCGGCUCACCAGCAGCUGCACUGCCAGAAGCGCAUCCGACACGACAGCGGCAAAAGCAGGAGAAUCAACAGUCAGCUGCAGCAGCAGCCGCUGCUGCUGCAGCACGGAAUGCCGCAGCUUUUCGCUGCAGGGAUUCCACAGCAUGAACACGAGGCCUUCCCAGCUACAGCAGCUGCAGCUUGCUCACCAGAGGCGUACGAGGCAGCGGCAGCAGCCCGAAUGCUCUACCACGCCACGCCUUGGCAUUUAGACACUCAAGGUACAGCAGCAGCUGCUGCGCAAGCUGCUGCUGCAUGCGAGGCCAGUGGCGACACGCGCGAUGCGGCUGGGGUGGAUCUCCCCAAGCCUCCACAGGGAGCACCUAGAUAG